UCCUCCUCCUCCUUCUCCUCCUCACCGUCCUGAUUGCGCAUCGGCACUCCGGCAGCAGCACAGCGGGAGUCACGACCCAGAAACACAUGAAGAGAAUUAAAUAAGUGAGGAUGCUGAUGAGCUUUUCUGCGUAAAAAACAAACAAAAAUGAUGGAUUGAACUUUUAAAAAUGUCCAAGCGGGUAUUCUUUGGAUUGCUCUCGGUUUGUGGAAUAUGUUGACUUCCAGCUGGGUUGAUGCUGACUGAUGAAACCAUGACACGUUUCCUGCUGCUGCCGCUGCCGCUGCUGCUGACAGAAGUGAUGCUUUCUGUGUGAGGUUGCUCCAAAAACUCUCGAAGCGCAAAAACACAAAGUCCCCAAGAACCGGAAUAAAGAGGACUGUGCUUCCCGUGUUUGACAGGCUGCUGAGACUGACCAAAGACAUCCAUAAAACGAUGUAAUAAAAAGAGCUCCUGCACACGCUUUUUUCCCCGGGUGAUUGGGAAUAACGCCGCACCGACUGGCGUCAGAGCCGAGCCGUUACGCAUGGAGACAGCUCGGCGCUGAGCGGAUCUUUGUUGCCUGUUCUGAUUUCUUUUUAUGAUUUUAACUCUGACAAAAGAGGGGAAAAGGGUUAUUCUACUCCUUCUCGAACAGAAAAUGAGUAGCUGUCUCUUCCGACUAGCACUCUUCGUGGCUUGCGUCCUCUCCAUCCGCUGCACCGCUGCGCCCGGGACCGAGGCGGAGGCGCACACGGCGUCCCGGGAUACCUGCGCGUCCUGCGGCGUCGCUCAGCCGGAGGACCCCGAGUCGGGCCGGCUGAACGUGGACUUCCUGGAGGCGGUGAAGAGGCACAUCCUGAGCCGGCUGCAGAUGCGGGAGAGGCCCAACAUCACGCACCCGGUCUCGAGGGCGGCCAUGGUGACGGCGCUGCGGAAGCUCCACGCCGGGAAGCUGCGGGAGGACGGGAGGGUGGAGAUCCCCAACCUGGACGGGCACCCGAUGACCAACGACGUGCUGGAGGAGAGCUCGGAGAUCAUCAGCUUUGCGGAGAAAGGGCCUUCCACCUCGGUGCAGUCCCCUUUGCCAGUUGGCCACGUUACGGCGCCGAGCGGGCUGUCAGCAGGGACGUGGCACGGCGACAAGCCUCAGAACAGUUUACUCAGAGGCGGCUGA